AUGUCGACUUUUCAAAAAAAGCUCUUGGCAGCAAUUGUCAAGAGCCUCCUUCGCGGAAAAUCACUGGUCCAGUCUCUCUUGGCUUACUGGGGCAGCUCCAUGAAACAUGAAGUAAACAGCAAGACUCGAGCUGGUAAUACAUCGCGCAAGUCUAUUCAAGAUUUUCUCAAAGAGGCUGAGGCUCUGUUCCUCGACCCCAUCAGCCAAGAUGAACUACGACAACUGUCUCGCAACCUACGGAAGCAACUCCUAGAGCGACUUGAAUCCGAUAUGGAAUGCAUGCUACCGUCAUACAGCCACCAAUUGCCCAGAGGCACCGAAGUCGGCCGUUUUGUUGCUUUGGACGUCGGCGGUUCAACCCUCAGAGUAGCAUUGGUGGAACUAUGUGGUCGCAUGUCCAAUAUCGGGGAGGAGAGCAGGAUUGUCAGCAUGCGGAAUUUCUACAUCACUCCCGAGAUCAAGGCAUUGGAAGGGAUGGCUUUCUUCGACUGGAUGGCUGAAAGAAUAUUGGAAACCCUCUCUGCAGAGUUGGAUCAACAUGACGGAUCUGAUGGACCUUUGCCUAUGUCGCUGGCUUGGAGUUUUCCUAUUGAACAAACGUCACUAGCAGGCGGCAAGUUGCAAGGAAUGGGUAAAGGCUUUUCUGCGUGCAACGGGCUAUUAGGGCAGGAUCUUGGUGAGAUCGUACGCACAGCUUGUCUGAAUCGCGGCCUCAGCGUAGAACUCCGAGCCAUUGUCAACGACUCGAGUGCAUGCUUACUAUCAGAAUCGUACAACCACCCCACAACAAGGUUCGGGCUGAUCCUGGGCACCGGUGUUAACCUUGCUGCCUAUCUUCCUGUAUCCGCCGUCGGUCGGGUCAAGUUCGGCGAACGUCCUCCACAAUGGUUCGAGAAGGCAACACACGUUAUUAUCAACAGCGAGAUCAGUAUGAUGGGGCGAGAUAUCCUGCCCUUGACAAGAUGGGACCGGCAAUUAUUGGCCAACCAUUCUCGCCCUGAGUUUCAACCUUUAGAGCAUAUGGUCAGCGGUAUGUACUUGGGCGAAAUCUGUAGACUCGCCCUUGUCGAGGCGAUCGAGUCAACGGGCGUUUUUGGAGGAGCAGUACCUACUUCGUUGCAGAAGCCUUACUCAUUCUCAACUGAGACACUUUCUAUCAUUGAAAGGGAUACAAGCUCUGAUCUGGAAGAAGCACGCGAGCAGUUCUCGGGUCGCCAUCCAGCAAAACACUCCCCCACAGCUGCUGAUCUAUCAUUCCUUAAACAACUUGCUUCAUACAUUUCCAGGCGUUCAAGUGCGCUAGUUGCUACUGGCGUUCACGCAUUCUGGAAUCUGCGUAUCGACAGCCAGAAUGACUACGUUUCAGCACUAUCUCCAGGGUCACCUGAGCGAGACAGCGCCGAGGCUGACCGGGAUCUGGCCGAGACAACAGUUGCCUACAAUGGCGGUGUGAUCGAGAGCUACCCUGGUUAUCUUGAUAGCUGCCAGGCAUACCUAGAUGACUUAGUAGCGGCUGAUAAGAAGGAGAAGGUUGGAAACCAAACAAUCAAGCUUGUGUCGGCCAAGGAGAGCUCCUUGAUGGGAGCAGCAGUGGCCCUGGCUUCUCUGGAAGAAGUUGUAGAGGGACCGCUUGGUGUGGUUGGCUGA